UUCAACAUGGCUGCUCCCGUGUAGACGUUUGCUAGGUUCACUGUUAGCAGGAAGAAACUGCAAACCAUGAAGGAACUCAGCCACGAUGGAUCCAAAGGAGAUGCUCCGCUGUGCUCUUCAGAUAGAGAAAUUCAGUGCAGACAGAAGCUAUGGGAACAUCAUGACCCUCCUUGGUGACCUCCAGAAGUCUCACGUCACAGCGGAACAGCUGGAAACAACGGACAUCGUCAAAGUGCUCUACAGGCUCCUGAGAACCUGCAAUGAUGACAGCGUGAAGAAGACAGUCAAGAGCUUGCUGUCCAAGUGGAAGAGACAGUACACGAAGGACAGGCAAGGGGUGAAGUGCACAGAGGAGAGUGAGGAUCCUGAGCUCCCUGCCGGUGUUUCUUUACCAAAAGAGGCCGUGGGUGGUGCGGUUGUUGCCCAAACAUGUGAUGGUGGAGAGGGGAAUGCUGCAGGAGAACAGUCAUCUAUGCAGGCUAAACCUGGACCCAAAGCUCAUACUUCUGCUUCAUCUCCAGAUAACGUGAGGACCAAAUGCGUGCAGCUCCUCCUUGCUGCCCUCUGCCCCUCUGCCCCCGAUCAGCACAAGGCUGCUGAGUUGGCACGAGACAUCGAGCGGCACGUCCACGAACUUCAUAAACACAACCAGGUCAAAUAUAAAGCCUGUGUGAGGAGCAAGGUGGCCAACUUGAGGAAUCCCAAAAGCGGCCACCUGCAUCAGGGCCUCCUGAGCGGCUCCCUGUCCCCCGAGACCUUCGCCCGCAUGUCUGCGGAGGAUAUGGCCAGCGCAGAGCUGCGGCAGCUGAGGGAAGAGUACUCCUCCCAGGGCGUGAGUGAGAGGCAGCUUCCUCAAGGGAUAGAGGGGACGCGGACGGAGAAGAUUCGCUGCAAAAGAUGCGGGGGGUCCGACUGUAGGGUGACGCAGGUGUCCAGAGGGGUUCUGUUCUUGCCUGCGUGGGUGAGGCAGGGCGGCCCAGACGAGGAUGCAAUGACCUUUGUGACCUGCAGCCGGUGUGGCCAGCAGUGGUACCACAGCAGCUGGGUCUGCCUCUGAAUCCACAUGGAU